UUUCUUUCUCAAGUAGCUCAGAAUCUUGCGUUUCUUCUCCUUGUCUUCUUGCCCAUCUUCUUCCUAAGCAAAUUGGAAAAUCCCCACCGUCUAGCCACCAACCCUCUUUCUCCCUAACUGCUUCAAAGCAGAAAAGAACAACUCAGUCAACAAAAAGGCCAAAAUCCCAUUUCUCCUUCUUCUUCUAUGAGUCUCCUUUCUUUUCUCUUAUUUUUUUUGCCUUUUUUUGGUGUUUCUGCUACUAAUUUGGUGGUGAUGAAUGAUGAUUGUUGGUUGGUAGUGUGAGUUGGUGAGAGAGUUAACCGAAAAUCCCUUGUCAUUCCCCGUCUUCUUCUAGAUCUAGAACGUGCAACGAUCGUCGAUGAUUGCCAACGAUCGCCAAUGACUGCCUAGACCAUCGCGAAAAUCCAUGUCUUCUCCUUGAAAAUCCCUAACUGUUGUUACUUACCAUGAGACGACCGUGAGGAGCUUGAGGAUCUGGAUACAUUUUCAAUCUUGAUUGUGUCUGUAACGCACUCAUUGCCAUUGGGAUCUACAAAGCCACUGCUAGUAAGCUCCCAUUGCUCCCCUUUUUUUUUCUUUUUGAUUGAAGAUUUUUAGAAGCUUUUUUGAAGAUUUUUGAUUGUUUAUUACUGUUUCGUCUUCUACUUCCUCAUGUCAGAUCUCUGCAAAUUGUUGUGUCCUAUACUUUGCCAUUGUUUCCGCAUUUUUCUUCUAUUUUUUCGCAUUUUUCUUCUGUUUUUAACUUGUUUCUAUUUUUGGAUAAUAAGCUUCAUGGGUUUGUGGCAAAGAAUUGGUAAAUUAUGAUGCUUGUGUGCUCUACCUCCUGUUCGUAGUAACUUUUUCUUCUCUAUUGAAAUAAUUUUUGUUGUGAAGAAAGUUGAGGAAAGGUGGAGAAGGGUAGAAUAGAAUACUAUUUUUUGGUCGUUGCUGAAUUAGUCAAAUCAAUUCUAGUGCUACUAGAUUAUCUUCUUCUUCUUCUUAUUUUCUUUUUUUUAAGUAAUUUAAUUCAUAUUGAUUAAAGGUGAAUCUGUACUUUGUGUCUUACAUUCUCCCCGAUUUCGUUUAGAAGAAUGCAGUACCCAGCUGUGGCCGCUUGUUGUGGUGUUUGGCACAAGACGUUUUCUGGUGCCUAAUUAUGUCAAUUGCAGUAGUGCUUUGAUUUUUGAUAUUUAUGUUCUAGAAUCCUGUUAAGUUGUAUUUGAACUUAGUAAUUAGCAUUAAUUUGAAGGUUGUUAUUCAGAUAAAUCUUUCUGUUGUGGGAAUUUUAUAUGCAGAUUACCUUAUCUUUAGUUGGUAUGGCUGUUUCAAUUUCUUAUCUAGCUUGCUUUAUUGUUUUUAUUAUAAUGAAUAUUUAUAUGUUAG